AUGACAGACGCUACAGAACCGCAGCCGCAGCCGCAAGAUUUUCGCUUCAGCCUGCGCGAUCUCACGCAUUUCCCUACCCUCUCCCUCCUGCCCAAGGACAACGACCCCUCCGGUUCCGUCGACCUUAGUUACUACGAAGACCCAGGCGACGAGCCCGACGGUAUCUCCGACCCGGUCAAGCACUGGUGUCUCCUCGUUCAGAUCGUCUAUCAUACCGCGACGGACAAGGAGUUGAUAUACAACGUCCGGGACCGGGAGGGGAAGAAUUUCUUUGUUGUGUUUUAUAGGGAGGGCGAGAGCCUCCAGUUGCCUGGGAAGAAGGAGAAGGAGAGUGGGGGAGGGAAGGGAGGAGGCGGGGAACGACCGUGGCAGAAGUACUGCAAGCCAGGGAACUGCAUGGCGGUUAUGUACGCGUGCAGCCAUGUGUUCGAGGACGGCGCACUGGGGGUGCAGGUUACGGAGAGCGAGAAUGUCAAGUCGUUCCCGUGCAGCCUUGACACCUUCCUCCUCCUCGGGGACGAGCUCGAAGAGCCGCCCACCAAACCCAAGCAGUGCUCAGCGUGCGACAAGCCGGGCCCGCACAAGUGCGCCCGGUGCUCAGUCAGGCAAUACUGCGGAAAGGACUGCCAAACGAAUGAUUGGAAGGAGCGGCAUAAGAACGAGUGUGCGGCGUUCCAGCAGAUUAACGCGUGGAGGGAGAGGGAUUGGAGGGAGUUUGAUGAAUAUUGGAUAGACUAG